AGUUUCUGUGCCCCAGGAGCUACGCGACAGUCUUCCAGGAUUAUGGAGUUUCUGAGCGAGAAGUUUGCCCUCAAGAGCCCUCCGAGUAAAAACAGUGACUUUUACAUGGGCGCAGGAGGUCCUCUGGAGCACGUAAUGGAGACGCUGGACAAUGAGUCCUUUUACAGCAAAGCGUCUGCAGGCAAAUGCGUGCAGGCCUUCGGACCCCUGCCCCGCGCCGAGCAUCACGUGCGCUUGGAGAGGACCUCGCCCUGUCAGGACAGCAGCGUGAACUAUGGGAUCACUAAAGUAGAAGGACAGCCCCUUCACACCGAACUGAAUAGAGCUAUGGACAACUGUAACAGUCUCCGAAUGUCUCCCGUGAAAGGGAUGCAAGAGAAGGGAGAGCUGGAUGAACUUGGGGAUAAAUGUGAUAGCAAUGUAUCCAGCAGUAAGAAACGGAGGCACCGAACCACCUUCACCAGUUUGCAGCUAGAGGAGCUGGAGAAAGUCUUUCAGAAAACUCAUUACCCGGAUGUGUAUGUCAGAGAACAGCUUGCUCUGAGGACAGAGCUCACUGAGGCCAGGGUCCAGGUUUGGUUUCAAAAUCGAAGGGCCAAAUGGAGAAAAAGGGAACGUUAUGGCCAAAUACAACAAGCGAAAAGCCAUUUUGCUGCCACCUAUGAUAUAUCAGUUUUGCCAAGGACUGACAGCUACCCACAGAUUCAGAACAAUUUGUGGGCAGGAAAUGCAAGUGGUGGUUCUGUGGUUACUUCAUGCAUGUUACCACGUGACACUUCCUCCUGUAUGACACCUUAUUCUCACUCGCCUCGGACAGAUUCCAGUUAUACGGGGUUUUCAAACCACCAGAACCAGUUCAGCCACGUGCCCCUCAACAAUUUUUUCACUGACUCUCUUCUUACUGGGGCAACCAAUGGACAUGCAUUUGAAACAAAGCCAGAGUUUGAAAGGAGGUCUUCCAGUAUCGCAGUUCUUCGAAUGAAAGCCAAGGAGCACACCGCCAAUAUUUCAUGGGCCAUGUAACAUACAGUACUCUUUUAUUUUUCUUUUAAUAGCAAAGUUAAACAUUCUUAUUUCUCAUAUUUAAAGGAUACCACAAUAAGCUGCUGUGUGUGGAAUUGCUAAAGGUCAAGAUAUUCAGUGAGACCAGCUUAAAUGAAUAGUUGUUAUUUAACAUUAAAAUCUAAGAAUGAACCUCUGAAAAGACUAAAUAGGUUUACCAUGUGCCAGUCUCCACAAACUCUGUUUUAGUAGUAAGGUUUUCUUUUUCUAUUGUACAAGUCAAUGAAAUAUGAUCACGCAACUUAUUAAAGAAUAAAUGUGUUAAACAAAUUCUUCUGUUAUAGAUUGAUUUAUGUUACUUCUGUAUAACAAGAAAUCUCUUGUAAAAUAAUACCUGAUAAAGAAGGAAAUGCACUGGGGAAAAUGUCAAGAUGCCAUAGCCGUCAGGUAAAUAUUGAAUCAGGGUGUUUUGGGGAGUUAAUUGCUCUCUCUCUCUCUCCAAAAAGCAGUGGGCAAAAACCCUGUUGCUGAGAAUUUAUUUUCAAGCCUCAUUUUUGUUUUUGUUUUUACCCUUUGAUGUUUUAGUGAAUUUCCACUCUGUUAAACAAGAGAUCUUUUAAAAUAACCAACAUUCGCAUGAGAUAUUUGGGCAUGGUUUCCUGAAGCCACAUGGCUAAAGGUGAUAACUGAAGUAUUCUUGUGUGAUUGAAAAUAUAGUCAUGGGAGCGGACUUUAUAAAUGUCAUUUUUCCAGUGAAGAAGCCAGCAUAGACUCAAUUACUUAAUCAUCACAAACAAGAAAAAAUUUAUAAACCUUGCUGUUGCUUUUAAACUAAGAUUGUGUUGAUUAAACUGUGCACAUAAACCACUAAUUAAUACUACACUGAAAGUAACAUUUUCUGUUAAAGCAUCAGUGAGUUGGAAUUUAUAUGUAUUUUGUGGGUAUGUGCAUGCUUACAUGCAUGUGUGUUUGUUUCUCAACAUAUUAUGCCUUAAGCAUGUUUUGCUACUGUGGUUUUUGCAUAGAGAAUUAAAAUGUCAGAAAGCUUUCUAAAAUUUCUGUUGGAAAAGAAGAGAAGAAAAAUACGUUGCAUCUGGAAAAUCGCUAACCCCUUUGAUUUACUUCUCCUCCCUUUACCCUGUCACAUUCCAAGCUUUUUCAGAUGAGUGAAAUGUCAACCUCCAUGAAAGAUUCUUAAGUUCAUAAAGGCAAAGUAAAUUAAUUGAAAUGAAGAUGACUUCCAUGGCUCAGAUUAGAGCUGAGCUCUUUGUACUCUGUAGAAUCUUCUUGUGGUUCCUGCAGACUUUAGGAAUAUGCUUGGGAGCUCUAAUGGCUAAAGGACAAGAAUAAAUGAAUUUUAAAAUUAAAUUUUGGAAAAAGUACUUAAAUCCCAUAAGUGUCUCUUCUUACUGGGAAGAUAUUUAUAGCAAUUAAACAUCUUUUGUAAUAAAAUUUUAAAUCAAGCUGAUGAUAGAAAUGAGUAAUGUCCUAAACAAACAUUCCCUGACUUCAUAAUACUUUAUUCUUUAUUACUUUUGUGUUCCCUCUCUUUAUUUUUGUUUCUAAAAGAAAUGUGUUCAAUUUGGCUGUGAGAAUUAUGCUUUCAUGCAAGAUCUUUUGUUAAAAGUCUAUUUAGGCAGCUGUUAAAUAUCCUUUAUGGUUUUAGAAGAGAAUGACUUAUUUUCAUAUAUAUAGUCAUAUAUGUGGUUAAUAGGAAUUUGUGAACUAAAACUUAAAACAAAAAUGUAAGAUUUUGUUUUCAAAAAUUUCACAAAUUAAUAGUGUUCAUUUUCAUUUUCUUCCUCUUUAAUUUAAAUUUUAGUAUCUCUUGGCUAGUACCAUAUAUUUUUCAAAUGAGAGACAGAAGUCAUAUUGUCAAGUUCAAAUUUCAUUUUCUUCCUCAGUUUUUCUACUCUUUUUCUCCUUAUACUUAAUAAUUAGGUAAUAAUUAGUUGGAGCUUCUAUAACUAUUUUUUCAAUUGAAACAUCUUUUUAAUUAAGGUUUUACAUCUAUAAUUCUCUGUAUAAAUAUAAUUCACAUAUUUUAAAAACGUAGAUGAAGGACUAUUUGCAAUAAUAAAAUAAGUAAUGGAAUCAUAGUUCUUGUCCUUUAUGAGUUCACAAUCUUCCUGGACAAACACAUGCCUGAAUUUUUUACCCUCAGCCAUGCCUCAAAUUGUAUUAUGGCAGUAAGAAUCUCAUGAAUUUUCCUGUGUUAACAUUCCAACUUCCUUUUUUACACAGUGAAUUUUUAUUAUGUAUUCAAGUUGCCAAAAAUAAAUAAAAUGAACUUUUGAUAUAAUAGGGUAAGAUAAAGCUAAACCAAAGUACAUAAAAUGAAUUUCCUGAAUUUUCUCUUGCUCCUUCUGAAUUUAAGUUUCAAUACUAGAAUUCAUAUUGAUGUUAUAUACUUUUCUUAAGAGAAAAAACUAAGGAAUAUUUUACUUUUAUUUGGGCUUAUUAUUGAUAGCAUUAUUGGGAGUUUUGGUACAAUAAGUAAUUUGAACCACAUGGACAUUUGUUCCUAUGGCUAUCUCAUCCCCUAUUUGCCCCUUCCAUACAUUUUCCUUGCAUACAUGGUUUAAAAGAUGCUUCUUGUACUCUUUUUCUUGAGCAACGUGGUUAACCCUUGAACCUCAUGAGGAGAGAUAAAUUUAUGGGAAAAUUAGGUAAGGUUGCAGUUUCUUAAGGAUAAAAUGAAAUUAAGAAAUGGUUUAUAAAUUUUUGAAAGUGUCUUAUUUAUUUUUAUGAAUAUUAAAGAGUAAGUAUUUUAUUCUUAUAUAAUAUCUUAUGAAAGUAGAAAAAUAAAGUCACUGCAGUCUUCGCCCUGAGUCCUGACAACAUAUCUUAAAGGAAUAACAGUUAUGUAACCUAUAUAACCUUGAGGAAACUCAUGAAAUUGUGUGUAUAAAUUAUGGGAAUG